CCGUAUAUAUCCGUAUGCAUCCGUUAUAUCAUUCCUUUCUAACGUCCGUUAAUAAAAAACAUUUCACCCUCUUGAACUGCAGUUGAAGCUCCGCCCCCUAUUCAAAGUGUUGGGUAUAAAAAGAGUGCUUCAAUGAUUAGCAGUCUGAAUUUGAGCACUGAGGAGAGUACAUAGCAACAUGUUUCCCACCUAUCUUUCCUACAGUUUUGAUGUUCUGCUGUGGCGUUCCCAAGCAAGAAGGAUACGAGAUGCUGAAAGACGCCGCCAACGCCGUCGAAGAUAUUGGAUCCAUCCCAUCACUGCGUCACGGAUGACCCACGGGGUUCACAGCACUUUGUAUGUGGAGCUGCGGCAGCAUCCAGACAAGUUUGCAAGCUACUUACGGAUGUCUGUAUCAACAUUUGAUGACCUUCUAGCACGCAUCAGUGAACGGAUACGUCGGCAAGACACCCACCUGAGAAGGAGUAUCUCACCAGAGGAACGCCUAAUCGUAACCCUCAGGUUCCUGGCAUCUGGUGAGAGUUUUUCGUCUCUGCACUUCCAGUUUCGCCUGGGUAUUUCCACCAUCUCUGGGAUUGUCCGGAGCACCUGCGAUGCCCUGUGGGAUUGUCUUGUAGAAGAAUUUAUCCCACAACCUUCUACAGAACUUUGGCUUCAAAUUGCUGCGAAGUACCAUGAAGUAACACAGUUUCCAAACUGUGUAGGUGCAAUCGAUGGGAAGCACAUCAGGAUCCAGAAGCCAGCGCACACUGGGUCCGAGUACUUCAACUACAAGAAGUUCUUCUCCACUAUACUUAUGGCCAUUGCGGAUGCGCAGUACAGAUUCGUCGCAGUGGACAUUGGGUCAUAUGGAAGAACCAAUGACUCACGUGUGUUCAAGAACUCAGUGAUGGGGAGGAGGAUCUACUCUGGUGAGAUGGGACUUCCUGAACCAAGGGCCUUUCCUGGGACCGAUGAACCGCCAAUGCCUUUUGUUUUCAUUGGUGAUGAGGCUUUCCAGAUGUGUGGCAACUUGCUGAAGCCCUACUCCAGCCGAGGACUAGACCAACGCAAGCGCAUCUUCAAUUACAGACUGUCACGCGCACGACGCUAUGUGGAGUGUGCAUUUGGAAUUUUUGCUGGUAAAUGGCGGAUCUUUAACCGGCCAAUCCAAUUGCACCCAGACGUGGUUGAUCAGGUUGUUAAGGCAGCUGUUGUUUUACACAACUUCAUCCUAACCAAGGAGCCUUCCCCCAGUGAUCCUGAAGAAGUUGAAUCAGCUCUGCCUGGAAUAGAGCAGAUAUCCAGAAGAGCUACCCAGGUCAUCAUGCGUCUCAGAGACGAUUUUUCACAGUAUUUCCUUACAGAAGCUGGCAUGGUGUCUUGGCAGGAUCGUAUGAUGUGAACUUUAUUUGAAUUCUUUAUUUUUGGUGGAAAUAAAUCAUUGUAUGUUUGAUUGCUUUUAUGAUGCUGGAGGGUGUACAAUCUAUGCCCCAGUGUACAAUUGACACUGGGGCAUAGAAUGUGCACCCUCCAACAUCAUGCUAUUAAUGUGCUUAUAUCAAUUUGUGUUUGUACACAUUGAUUGAAUGAUUCUGGAGGGUGUACAAUCUAUGCCCCAGUGUACAAUUGACACUGGGGCAUAGAAUGUGCACCCUCCAACAUCAUGCUAUUAAUGUGCUUAUAUCAAUUUGUGUUUGUACACAUUGAUUGAAUGAUUCUGGAGGGUGUACAAUCUAUGCCCCAGUGUACAAUUGACACUGGGGCAUAGAAUGUGCACCCUCCAACAUCAUGCUAUUAAUGUGCUUAUAUCAAUUUGUGUUUGUACACAUUGAUUUAAUGAUGCUGGAGGGUGUACAAUCUAUGCCCCAGUGUACAAUUGACACUGGGGCAUAGAAUGUGCACCCUCCAACAUCAUGCUAUUAAUGUGCUUAUAUCAAUUUGUGUUUGUACACAUUGAUUGAAUGAUGCUGGAGGGUGUACAAUCUAUGCCCCAGUGUACAAUUGACACUGGGGCAUAGAAUGUGCACCCUCCAACAUCAUGCUAUUAAUGUGCUUAUAUCAAUUUGUGUUUGUACACAUUGAUUGAAUGAUGCUGGAGGGUGUACAAUCUAUGCCCCAGUGUACACUUCACACUGGGGCAUAGAAUGUACACCCUCCAACAUCAUGCUAGUAAUGUCCCCAUUUUAAUUUAACAAUAGUACAGUUGUACCUUUUACCAGAACAUUGUGAAUGAAACACAGACUGGUACUGUGAAAAAUAGACAAACUAAAUUUUCUUUUUAUUUUUUUAUUAAAUAAAAAUAAAUUAACAAGA